GUAAGUUCAAAUCAUUCCUUCCCCACAAUCUCUCUCUCUCUCUCUCUCUUCUUAAACCCUAAAUUCUCCCAAACCUUGGUGGAGCUGGUGGCGGAGAAGGCGGAGGUGUUCCACAGCCUUAGUCAACGGAGGUCUUAUAUUGCCGGAGUACCAGAAGCCUUGAAAGAUUAUCGGCCGGAAUGGAGGGCCAGGAGGUAUUGGAGAAUGGUGUGGUUGGAAAUGGGGUGGCGGCGAAGUCUUCUUUUUCUAGCGGCGAGUUGGAGGAAAUUUUCGACGGUGUAAAGGAAGGCAUGAAUUUGGGUGAUGAUAUUUUGCAGGACUUUGAUUUGUACUGGGAUGACAUUAGUGGCCGGCUGAUGGUGUCGCGGAUGGUGAGUGAUUCUGUCAUUAAGGGGAUGGUGGGUGCUGUAGAGCAGGAAGCGGCUGAGAAAGUCAGGGCCAAGGAAAUGGAGAUGGCCAAGUUGAAAGAAGACAUUCAGUUUUGUGUCACGGAAGUUAAUGGAGUUGGGCGUCUAGGAUCAUAUGCGUUGUCUGAUAAGCAAGAAAGUGUGCAGCAUUUUACCUUUUCCGGAGGGUUCAUGGAGAACGGCGAGAUGAUGGACUCUUCGAUUAGACUUAGAGGCUCUGUAAAAGAGCAGUUUGAGAAACUUAAGAAGGAUAUUUAUGAUGUCAAAGACCAUCAUUCGCUUAGGAGGAUAGGUUCUGGCUCUGAGUUGGUGGGACUGAGCGGUAUUCUCCAGGAAAACAAAUCUGAAAGCUGGGGUCAGGUAGACAAAACAAUGAACCGCCUGAAAAUGACUGUUGAUAGUGUCUUUGUGUGGGUGGAUGAUAUACUUCACUUGUCAAAGGCGUCAGUUGUUGAGUUGCAGAAGGAGAAAGACCUUCAAGGAGAGCUUGAGAACAUGGUGAUGCAGAAUCUUUUGAGGAGUUUUCUGGAAGACUUUGAGAACAAAUUAUGGGAUCAAAACACUCAGUUGUGCAACAAGCAGAUUGAUAAGCUCAGUGAAAUUGCUAGGUUACGGGCUGACUUGGAUGGUAUUUUUAGAUCAUUGCCAAGCGCCGAACUUGGGAAUCUGACAUCUCAUGGAUCACAUGAUAUGGAUACAUUUCACAAUAAGGUUUCGAGAGACCAUGUUACACCUCCAAAGUCUCAGGAGGAAAAUGGUAAAAUAGAAGAUUCGAGUACUGAUGUACCCAAGAACUUUGAAACUGCGCAAUUGAAGCACUUAUCCAAGGAGGAUUUAGUAAGCUACUUUAACAACAUGAUAAUAAAAAUGAAGAGAGACCAUGAGUCCAUUUUGCAAGCAAAAACAGAAGAACUAUUUACUUUAAAAGCAGAAUUCCUUAGGCUUAGGGAGAGAGGUUCAUAUGUGCCGCACAAGAAGGACAAGGAGCUUGAUGUAUUGAGGAAAAAGAUCCCUGAAGUUCUUUCAAAACUGGAUGAUAUCCUUUUUGUGAAUGAGAAAUGUCCUUCAAUCCCCUGUAAGGAUGAAAAUAUCUGCAACUUGAAGAAUAGGCUUCAAAGCCUUCUUUCUGAAAAUUGUCGUCUAAGGGACUCACUAGCACAUAAAAAAAAUGAAGUGAAUGUUCUUUCCUCCCAAAUUUCAGAUGCUACUGAGCAGAUGCAUAAGCACUCUAUGGCUGAAAUGAAAAUGCAAAAGCUUAUAGAUAAUCUCAACUUGGCUGUUCAAGAUGUAGAUAUAGAAGCUUCAAUCAGGGAGGAAGUAUAUAAAUGUUUCAUUAGGGAACUCAGAGAAGAGUUAUACAUGCAGCUUCAUAUGGCACGAGAAUUUCAUGAAGCUAUUUUUAAGGAAGCUGCUGUGAAUGCUGAAGGUACUAGCAUAACCGAAAUAGGAGAUUCCGACUGUGAGUCUUUGAUCAUGCAAGAAAUGUUUGCUGUGAUUUAUGGUGAAGCAGUCAUGGAUUUUGAAAGAAGUUUCAAAGAGUUAUGUGGAGAUUUUUUGAGGGAACGUGACACUCGAAUUUGUCUAGAGUUGCAAGCUUCUCAAAGGGAAAAUGAUUUUGCACUGGAGGCUGAUGAGAAAAUUAAGUUGAAGGAAGAGCUUGUUGCACUGAAGAAGUUAUUGGAAGAAAAAGACAGAGUAGCAACUGUUGUUUCAACUGCACUGGAAAAGGUGAGGAAUCAAUUUGACCUGGUAUCUCAAGAGUUGAAUAGCCUAAGAGAACAGCUCACCAACCAGAACAAUUUAGCUUCUGAAAACUCCAAGGAAUUAAAUCUUGUAAAGGGUCAAUUAGUAGAAGCAUCAAAUCAAAUUGAAGUAUUUAAGGAAAAAGCAAAUCUGUUGAACCAAAAGCUUGAACAAAAGGUGGAGGAGUUGAAAGAAGCUGAUGGUCAAAGAAGAAUGGCACUUGCUCUUUCAGAAGAGAGGCAAAGCAAUUUGUUUUCACUCGAAUCCAGGGAAAAAGAUUUAAGAACACAAAUGGAUGCCAUAAAAGGGACUAUACAUGAGCUGUCAACAAUGCUUGCUGAAUUUGAGCUUAAGGUGGCAAAGAGAAGCAAUACAAAUGAAUUAAGAUUGGAACAUUCACAAACUCAAUUGAAAUCACUCAUCAAGAAGGCAAAUCUACUUAGAAAAAGAGCUUUGGCCUGUCAACAAACACUUGAAAAGAGAUCUUCAGACCUUCAAUUGGCCGAGGCAGAGGUUGAUCUUCUUGGGGAUCAAGUGGAUGUACUCUUGGGCCUACUUGAAAAGAUCUACAUAGCACUUGACCAUUACUCACCUAUCCUGCAGCACUACCCUGGGGUCAUUGAAAUUCUCAAGCUGAUCAGAAGGGAAUUGAGUGGAGAAUAUACCAAAGCCGUGUGAUUGUUUCACUGAGACCUUUCAAGUUGAAAUGGUGGCACAAUUUGUUCUUUCAGUGCAUAUCGAAAGUGGAUGGCUGGUGAGCUCCUAACUCUGGCUUUAGAUUUAGGGUCCGUUUGGCAUUUCACAAUGCAAGAACAAAUUUAGUUUAGUCAGAGGACUUAACUAAAUUUGUUGUUCCCAAUUUCAAUUCUAUAGUUCGAAUUCCGUGUACGAAACGGAAUCUUAGUCAUUUUGGAAUCUCUUGCUGUUGAAGAUGAAAUGUUGAUGGCGGCGUGGCGGGCCAAGGGCUGGCGGCAGCCGUAACAGAGCAGUGAUAGGGGACUUACUUAGACUUGUUAGUUUCUCUUUGUACAUAUAUAUUUAAAUGUGCUUAUUAGAUAUAUUCUGAAUUUAUUACUAGUAUAAUUAACUGGACGUAAAAUAAAAUCUGGUUUGUGUG